CUCAGCCUCGGUCAUAAACCGGCACGUGACUUCUGCUUGUCCCGGGUUGUCAUGACAACUGCCCAACGGCGCUAUUCGGGGAACUCGUUUUAAAAUGCUUCCAAAAACAAAGGAUACAGCGGAAAUGCUAGGAGCUGGCAAAGAGGACGCCAGACCAGAGCCUGUACUGGUCCCUUUUCUAGAACUGACCGGUGUGGCGCAGCUUCCAGAGAACACCAACUGUCUGACGUGCACAGCAGACGGCAGAUUUCUAGGCUUGGCUCACAAUCAGGGCCUCUCUGUGUGGUGCGCUUCCUCUUUCACCCGGGUUGCGGAAUGGCUUCAGUCACAGCUGGAAUUGAUCUUCAUCCAGAUGACCAGAAUAGCUGAGAUGACCUAUCUGCUUGGGACCGUGGAUGACAUGGGUGUUGCCAAAGUGUUUGGAUUUCACUCAGACGACAUUCAUCUUCUCAGUAUUAUCAACAUAAUGGAAGAUGUCACUGUAAGAAGCAUUUUUUUGACAUUUGACCUACAUGAAGGUGGGCAUUAUGGAGCUGCAUCAGUAAGCUGCAAUGGUGUAGUGUGGCUAGAGGUCUAUCAGUUUCCUGUAGAGCUAUGGCUGAGAGAGCUAGAGAUGGUGUCAUCACAAAAAAAGGAUGAAAAUUUAACCGAAGGAUUGGACAUAAAAUGGUCUCCAUUUACACUGAUGAUGAAAAUCUCUCCACCUACACUUCCAACGGGAAAGCCAUUGGACUUUCUGACACACUGUUUGACUGUCGAUAUAAUCAGAAGCAGCCGCCUUCACAAGGAACAACCCUCCUCCAGUUCAGAUGCUGCAACAACAAAGAAGACACAUGAAAGCCCGAGUUGCACUCAGCACUUUCUCCUGCCUUGCCAUGGGCCAACUGGUGACGGUACAGAAAACCCAGCGGGACUCCCUGUGGCUGUCGCUGUGUGGUGGAGCGGAUCCACUAGUCUCCUUCAGUAUUUGCUGCAAAAGCCCCCAAAGAACAAAUCAGAUGUGACACCCAUGCCAGAAAUGCUGUGGCCAAAUGCGAAGGAAAUCCUCUGCUCGGCUGUGAGCAGAUGUACUUACUUGAUCGCUCUCGGGCUCAAGGAUGCUAUGGUGUGCAUCUGGAACAGACAAUCUGGAGCCCCGGUCUCAAUUGUUCUGGUGCCAGGAGAAACCAUUGCCUUCUCCAGGAUACAGUUUGUUGACAACUGGUCUGUUCCAGCUCAGGACUGUGUCACUGUGGGCACAGAACCGGUCAGAAUGCUGACGUCGUGUAAAAACGGAGCAAUUUACAUGGUGACUGCAGGACAAGGCAUGCGGUCCAGCUCCAUCCAGCUCUUCCAAAGACCAAAAGACAGCAGGGAUCUCCCGACUGUUGCUAUACCUGUGCCUUUCCUGCAGGCUGUGUCGCUUAUCAUGCAAAGAAGUGGAAACAUGUUCCUGACAGAAGCCAUCAGCAGAGAAACCGUGUGCUACCUGACUCUUCCGACAUCCCACCAAACCGCUUCACUCUACAAUCCCGUUUACACGCUAAAUGCCGAACAGCGAGCGCUGUUCAUACGAGGUGACCAGGAAACCAGUGAUUUGUUGGAGAGGCGAAACCAGAGUCAGCUCUUUGUCUUCUAUUUCAGUCAGUCUGACAUCAUUAAGCCUCACAUUGAUUGUCCCAGACAGCCAACAGCACGUCACCAUGGUACCCUGGAGGAAAUCUGCAACGUCUAUCUUGAGCAAAGAGCGCAAUCUGUGGAUGACAGGAACAAAGCUCUUGAGCAAACAUGGGGAAAGAUGCAGAAAACCGCGUCGGCGUUGCAGCGCACACGUCGGAGCCGCAAACAUCAGAAGAAUCUCAACAAAUGAGUCACUGAUAGGAUAUGAAAUAUGAUAUUUUUGUUCCUUCAAAGCCACCUACUUUUGUUUCUCUGUUCUCAGCACUUGUUUCAACUCAGUAGCAGCACAGGAGCCAGCAGCUAGUCUGAAUCAGACACAGAGGAUGCGUUUCAUUUGUAGCUGCUGACAGAUUAGAAUUUACAAAACGAUGCUCGCUUUCAUAAAACGUCUCUUUUAAGAAUAAUACGGCUG